UGGGCCUUUGGGUUCUCCUUCCCAUAGCUGUGCACGGUAAGUGUCUACAGGGUGGGGCAGAGCCUUUCCACUCGCCCACUGAGGGAAAGGGGGACUUGAAGCAGCAGCCACCCCUUUGGAAGAGUCAGUGGGGUGGGUGAGUGAGGGCAAAAGGUACAGCCAUGUGUCCCCAUGGUGGGGUCAGGUUCCAGGCCUCCGCUGACCCUGUUUCCUCCUGUGGCUUGACCAUGCUGGCCCUGGGAUAUGAAACAUGUUUUGUCCCUCCUUUUGGCUGCUGCUUGUGCCCCUGCAUUCACUCCCAUCUUGAACCCUCCCCUCUCCCCACCCUGGGCCACAGCACCCCCAAGCAGGCGGACCUGUGUGUUCUUUGAGGCCCCUGGAGUGCGGGGAAGCACAAAGACACUGGGGACGCUGCUAGAUGCAGGACCAGGGCCCCCCAGGGUUAUCCGCUGCCUCUACAGCCGCUGCUGUUUUGGGAUCUGGAACCUGACCCAACACCAGGCACAGGUGGAGAUGCAAGGAUGCCGAGACAGUGAUGAGCCAGACUGUGAGUCCCCCCACUGUGACCUGAGCCCCCGAGCCCACCCUGGCCGCGGGUCCACUCUCUUCACCUGCUCCUGUGGCACUGACCUCUGCAAUGCCAAUUACAGCCAUCUGCCUCCUCCAGGGAGCCCUGGGACUCCUGGCUCCCAGGGUCCCCAAGCUGUCCCAGGCGAGUCCAUCUGGAUGGUUCUGGUGCUGCUGGGGCUCUUCCUCCUCCUCCUGCUGCUGCUGGGCAGCAUCGUCUUGGCCCUGCUACAGCGAAAGGCCUGCAGAGUCCAAGGUGGCCCAGAGCCAGAGCCGGAGCCGGAGCUGGAACCAGAGCCAGACUCAGGCAGGGACUGGAGUGCCGAGCUGCCCGAGCUGCCCGAGCUGUGUUUCUCCCAGGUAAUCUGGGAAGGAGGUCACACAGUGGUGUGGGCUGGGCAGCUGCAAGGCAAGCUGGUAGCCAUCAAGGCCUUCUCCCUGAGGGCCGUGGCACAGUUCCAAGCUGAGAGGGCACUGUACGAACUGCCAAGCCUACAGCACGACCACGUUGUCCGCUUUAUCACCGCCAGCAGGGGGGGCCCUGGGCCCCUGCCCCGUGGGCCCCUGCUGGUACUGGAGCUGCACCCGAAGGGCUCCCUGUGCCACUACUUGACCCAGCACACCAGUGACUGGGGAAGUUCCAUGCGGAUGGCGCUGUCCCUAGCGCAGGGCCUGGCAUUUCUCCAUGAGGAGCGCUGGCAGGAUGGCCACUAUAAACCAGGUAUAGCCCAUCGAGAUCUGAGCAGCCAGAAUGUGCUCAUUCGGGAGGAUGGGUCGUGUGCCAUUGGAGACCUGGGCCUCGCCUUGGUGCUCCCUGGCCUCACCCAGCCUCCCACCUGGGCCCCUACUCCACCCCGAGGCCCAGCUGCCAUCAUGGAGGCUGGCACCCAGAGGUACAUGGCACCAGAGCUCUUGGACAAGACUCUGGACCUACAAGACUGGGGCACGGCCCUCCGGCAAGCCGAUGUUUACUCUCUGGCUCUGCUCCUAUGGGAGAUCCUGAGCCGCUGCCCGGAUUUGUGGCCUGACAGCAGACCACCACCCUUCCAACUGGCCUAUGAGGCAGAACUGGGCAGCACCCCCACCACCUGUGAGCUGUGGACCUUGGCCGUGGAGGAGAGAAGGCGCCCCUACAUCCCAUCCACCUGGCACUGCUUCACCACAGACCCUGGUGGCCUGAGAGAGCUGCUAGAGGACUGUUGGGACGCAGACCCAGAAGCACGGCUGACAGCUGAGUGUGUACAGCAGCGCCUGGCUGCCCUGGCCCGUCCUCAGGAGGCCCGUCCCUUCCCAGAGAGCUGCGCCCCCGACUGCCCACCUCUCUGCCCAGAAGACUGCCUCUCACCUCCUUCCCACUGCGAUUCCCCCUUGUAGGCCUCCACUGAAUGUCUGCUGCUUCAGCCUUCGACGAGGCACCAGUUCCAGGAAUCCUCCUGUG